UCCCCACGGCGGCGGGUGGGGGCGGCCCGGUACCCCGGGCGGGUCCUGCACAAACCUCCCGGCUGCCACCCCGGCCUACAGGGGCCUGGUACGGUGACACCAAACCCCUUCCUCUACCUACGGGUCCCGCAGGGGGACACCGCACAGCCCCGAAGAACGAGCUUCGUCCGGGCUCGGGGAGUGGGGGGGGCCCGAGCGACACCCGUCCCGGGCAAUGGGCCGCCCUGUCCCGCCGGGCCGAGCGGGGCCUCCCGCGGCGGAGAGCACGGGGACGUGGCCCGGGGGAGGCGGGGCGGCGGGAGCGGUGAAACCCGGGUUUCCAGAGCUUUAUUUCUGCUCUUCCCAGCCGGAGUUAUUUGCGGUACACAUUCCUCUUGCCAUUAGCGCCAUUUACAUUAUUUCACAGCACAACCUGCAGCUGCCCUUGAUGUGCAUUUCCCGAGCCUGUGUACUGGGACACAGGCCGGUAAGGACAGCUCACGGCCCGGACACCGCCUGUCUCCCACGCACCGGGCAGCUCGCUCCGCUUUGCAAUUCCAGUGUAUUUCCAUCUGCAAGGCAUCCAUGCUCGUUCACAGCCCUUCCUGGAAGAGUCCACGGUAGUUUCAAACGCGUUCAUCUCUGGGUACCGGCACACAGACUGAACUACCGCCUCCUGCCUGGAGAUGGUUCCCUAGGUCAAGGCUGAGCCCGUUGCCAGGGCCGAGGGGAAGCUCCCGGACGCGGUCGGUGUCUCCCGUGGCCGAGGGCUGCCUCGCCGGACACGAGUGUCCCUAGCUGUAAGCUCGCUGCAGGCACUUCAGGUCCGCUUCACGGCACGGGCUCUGCUGUACAGAGCUGAGUACGUGGGUGCCCUGAACAGACACACCUCGCUUCGGCACUCCUCCUCCAGUUGUCUCAACAGCAGAGCAAGCAAAGGAACCGCAGGCGUGCAUCAGCCCUGCUCGGUGGGGUAACAGAAACCAGGCCGCAAAGUUGGAAAGAAAAAGCCAUAACCUAGUCAUGUAAGCAAGCAACAAGGAGAUAACCAAAAAGAUAAUAAGCGAACAGUGCCUAGUUUUCAGUCCUCUCAUAAUUGUUGCAGCCAUGCUGCCUCCAUGGCGCACCUUAGAUCAAAGCGCAGGAGACACAGUGACCUACUUGUUCCGAGCAAACGCAGCCUCCUGAAAAAUAACCCCACGAGCUCGAGACCGGGUACCCAGCGAUCACCCGCGGGCCCACCGGAGACCGGCGUGGCCGCGGGGAGGCCGAGCACUGGGCAGGCCCUGGGUGCCGGCCUUCCCCGGCAGGGGCGGGAGCAGGCGCGGCGGAGGUGGCACCCCGGGCGGGGUAGCCCCGAGGGGGAGCGGGGACCGCAGAGAUGGCGAGGGCGGUGGCGGGCGGGCCCGCGAGCAGGAGGCGGCGGCGGGCGGAAGAGGCGGCGGGCGAUGGCCGGGGCGCUGCUGCGCGGCGGGGUGCGCCGCUUCCCCUGGCUCUGCAACGUGCUGCUCUACGGCGGGCUCUUCGCGGCGGGCGACGCGGCCCAGCAGCUGUGGCGGCGGCGGCGGCGGGGGCAGCCGCCCGACUGGGCGCAGACGCGGCGCGUAGCGCUGGUGGCCCUCGCCUUCCACGGCAACUUCAGCUACGUGUGGCUGCGGGCGCUGGAGCGGGCGCUGCCCGGCCGCCGCCCGCCCGCCGUCCUCGGCAAGGUGCUCUGCGACCAGCUCCUCGGCGCCCCCGUCGCCGUCCUCGCCUUCUACACGGGUAUGAGCAUCCUUCAGAGGAAAGAGGACAUCUUUUCAGACUGUAAAAAGAAAUUUUGGAAUACAUACAAGACGGGGCUGAUGUACUGGCCUUUUGUGCAGCUGUCAAACUUCAUUUUGGUCCCUGUUCACCUGCGAACAGCUUACACUGGGCUCUGUGGCUUUGUCUGGGCUACCUUCAUUUGCUUUUCCCAACAGAGUGGAGAUGGCACAGCAAAGUCAGCAUUUCUGUGGCUCCAAGAUCAACUUGACAUCAUUUCAAUGGCUGAAACAACAAUGAUGCCUGAGGAAAUUGAGCUUGAGAUGGCAAAGAUCCAGAGACUUCGGGAAGUCUUAGUCAGAAGAGAAUCAGAACUCAGGUUUAUGAUGGAUGACAUCCAGCUGUGCAAAGACAUUAUGAACCUUAAGAAAGAACUGCAGAGUUUGGUAGCAAUCCCAGAAAAAGAAAAAACAAAGAUGGAGAAACAAAGAGAGGAUGAACUGAUUCAGAAGAUCCAUAGACUGGUACAAAAAAGAGAUUUUCUUGUAGAUGAUGCAGAAGUGGAGAGAUUACGAGAGAAAGAAGAAGACAAAGAGAUGGCUGAAUUCCUUCGCACCAAGUUAAAACCCUUAGACAAAGCAACACAGUCUCCUACCAGCAGCCCAGUAGAAAAGAAGGCAGAACCUCCUCCAAGCAAGCCCACCAUUGCCAAAGCAGGAUUGGCUAUUAUUAAAGAUUGUUGUGGGGCCACACAGUGCAACAUCAUGUAGCUUUGGGCUCUCUGCCACGUUUGUCUUUGCAAAUGUUUUCAUUGAAUGAAACUGUAGGGUGAGGGGAACUAACAGCAUCCUGCUAAUGGAGUCAAGAGUAACUGGUACAACAGUAAUAUAUGGAAUGUACAAUGGCAGGUUCUUCACUGUUGCAUGGAUCACUCAACACGCAUGCCUAAACAAAAUAAAUCUAUAUAGUGGCUGUCCAGUGACCAGAAAAGAUCUGUAGUAGAGUCAACAAAAACAUCCCAGUAAUAGAAGUGAAUGAAAAGAAGGUAUAUUUCAUUCAGUAAGGUAUAAACCAGCAAUUUUAAUAGGCCAUCGCUUUAUAAGAUUUUGUUGUACACUUCCCCCUUGACAAACAACACUCAAAAAUUGCUGAAAUAGCCCAUUUUGGCUACUUUUCAAAACAAAAGCCACAAGUAGCAAUGCUGUAUAUAGCGCAACUGAUAGAUGAAGCAACUUCAGGAUAACUGAUGUUGCAUACAAAAUACUUACCAAACUAGGGUGAUGUUCAACUACUUUGCUGUGGAGUUUUACUUUCAAUUCUUCCUAAAGAAUGAGGAUCGGUGACAAGGAUGCUGCAAGUAGAGAUAGAUUUUUAUAUCCCAUAUGACAUCUAAAUUACUCAAGUCAAAUGAAUAUUGCUUGCACCAGGGAAAAUAAAUCUCUGCUAAAGGUUUGGCAAGCACAGCUACAGUAAUCUGCAAAUAGACCAUGUAAGUCCAAAACCGUGUCAUCUCUCUUAGAUCUCCACCUCACACUGAGUCAGAGAAAUAUUUGGCCAGAGUUUUGUCCACCAUUAGAAGUUACAUGCAGUAUGAGAUUGCAUAUCACUGGUAGGUUGCUGGGAGGAUGGAAGACAAAAUUUAACUAAUAUUUAAAACAACGCUUAAAACAACUAUUGCUUGAGUAUUUCAUGACCAUAAGAAUAUAAACUGCUAAGCAUAGGAAGACACUAGCCACCCAAGACAAAUUGACUACAAGACAGAUAUACAAAUACAGAAGUAGAUGUUUGUAGUAGGAACAUCACAUUCUACACAAAAUGGGUUUAAAAUUAAGGGAAAUACAGACAGACUUAUCUAUGUUUCACCAUUAAAUGUGUUUCUGGUCUCUAUGCAGAUUAAGCCUUGUGGAAUCCAAUAUCUUUAUAUUAGCUGUCAGUAGCCGGUUUGUCUGUGUGAUGGUAUUCCAUAUAAAUGUACUGUGAUAGGUGUAAAUAGUAAAAUAAAUGUACAUGGGUCUAAUGUGAAAAUCUCAGGCUUAGAAAUAACAGAUAGCAAAAAGUUCCUAAAAUGAAGUUUUUUCAAGAGGAACUUCCAUUUUGUGACGCCAGCUAAGUGAAGUGUGCACUUACAUACAAAGGAACCACAGUUAUAGGAAAGGAGAAAAAAUGAACAGCAGUUAUGUAAAAAGAAUAAACCGUAAUAUUUUUUAGAGAAAGCAAGUAUCUUACUAAGGUUCAAGGAGACAGACACCAUCUAAAGUAACUCAGACUAUUCUUGUACAAAUAAAACCUAAUCCCUAGCAUGGGACUGGUUUGAUGAAGAACCUUUGCAUUUCCAGAAUCAUGUUUCAGUAUUGCAGACGCACUUGAGACAAAGAACCUACGUCACCAAGUUCCUUAAGGUUUAAGGACCAAGGAGGAAAACGUACAAAAGGUGUCCACUAAGACAGGAAGCACUUUAAUUACUUUGACCAAAGAUGCAGGACAGAGGACAACACAUAUCCAGAGGUUGAACAGUCACUUAUGGUUCUUGCAUCCUUGUUGAUACAUACAACACAUUAAGCUCUGUGGCUGUUGAUACCUACUGUAUCUGGUAUGGGUUGGACUCUAUAGCACCUGCGUACGCUAACAGUUACGGGGACGCUGCUUGUAAGGGAGAAUGCACACGGGGAGAAACACCCACCGUUGUCUGUAAAAUUCAGUCUCUUGAAUUUGCUGGUACCAACAGAGACUUCAGGAAUUGUCAGUACCUUAAGACGUGACGCAGGUGUUCAACGCCAUUAAGGGCAAAUAGAAUUCGGGGAAAAAACCCGUAGUGAAGCACCAAACCUAAAGCCUUAGGAGGAUCAACUGCUACAACCAAGUACUGUGAGCACUGGCAAGUGAAAGCUCCUGAAGGACUUGGCAUGGUUUUUGUAGGGGCAAGAGGUGACUUGGGCAGAUCAGCCUGGUUCAAACCAGGCUGCGCCGAUAGUCGGAGUGAUCCCUGCAGCUGCACAGAGUUUGGAGUCCCUUGGCAGGAAGGGUGAAAGCAGUAGAAUGUAGGUUUGUACGAGAAGGUGUCAUUAACAGGAAAUGGAGCUAGGCAUUUCUGGGACACAGCAUUCACGACUAGGCUACAGAGCUCCCUCGCUUAAUUAAAAUGCAGAGAAACCACAGCAAGUAUGAAUCUAAUAUUCUUACAGUUAGUGCUGGUAGCCAGUGCCCCAAAGGGACUUCACUCCAGCAGUACUAAUGAGGGUGAGCUUCAUUUUCAGUAGUUCUGGCCUGGCUCAGCUGAAGGGUUUGCUUUGUGUGAUUUUUGUUUGGGUUUAAUUAGCAAAUGCCUCAGUUCUGUUUUUAUUUGGGUGGGUGGGAACAGCCUGCCUGCAGCGCAGCAGCGGUUCUCUAGAAGGGGCCAGUGAUGCUGCUUAGCAAUAAAGUCCUGGAUUUUUUAGGCUGUGAGCUCAGAUUCUCACCUGUGUUCCACACUGCCUUAGUGUCAUCCAUCCAGAACACGGCAGAGCCCAAAUGGCUUCCUUCAAACAUAAAGUUAAGAAGGAAUUAAGUGUGUAGAAAUUCUGGUCCUUGUCUUUAUACAUCAGACUAAACCACUGGGUAUUGCCAAGUACAGUGAGGGGCUUCGUAGCUUCCCUGAUCCUUUGAACAUGGCACGUUCUACAAUCCCCAUAUGUAAAGUCAGCAGGGAACACCAGACACGUACCUUUAGGUGACUCUGUCGAGUAACCGGCAUCGUUUCAGAGCUGGUUUUCAGGUAUCUCUUACUGUCUGCAAAGAGGGACAGCGGUUGACUGAAGCACCCAAAACUCUCUUCUGGAAAUCCCGGCUGUUUAUCACUUCAGGAAGAAGGCAAGGCCUCAGACAAAGAUGACAAUUUACAGUGGAUUUGACCAGUAUUUCCUUGUGAACUGCUAAACACGACUAUAUUCAGGAAAGGAUCUUGGUCUACUGAGAAAAACAAGAAGUGCUGAAGUGCUAUUUGUACUCGUCACCAGUUCUACCAGCAAACGGUUCUCUUGUACCUUCCCCUCGGCCUAAUCUCUUCAAAGUUAAACACAUUUCCAAAUAAAUGAAGCUGCUGUGUUGUACUAAG